ACCGAGCGGCGGUGACCCAGUUCCGGGCGCGCUGAGGGCACCGCUCGGCGGUCCGCUCAGCGCUACCGCCGGCUGCCGAGCCGCCUCAGACCGUCUCCAGCCUCCGCGAUGGCCGCCGGACGCCUCUGCUUGCUGCUACUGCUGGUGGCUCUGGCCGCGGCGCGAGCUGCAGCCGAGCCGAUGGGUGUCGGCGUCCGAGUGUCUCCUCCCAGACCUCGGGAACGAGAUCUGGUGAUCGAGGAGGGCAGCGGUGACGGAGACGAGGUGGAAGAAGAUGGUGAAGCGGAUGUCACCGUCCUGAAGCCGGCGACGAAGAAGCAGACGAAGCAGAGCCUGACCGGCAGCAAGAUACUGGACGGAGUAGUGCCGAGCACGGCGCAGUCUUUCUUCAACUACGGCAUGGGCUUCGCGCUGCUAACCUACAUCACCAUGGGGAUCAGCUACUUCUACGGACCGUACUCGGCCAGCGCCUUCCUGGCCAACAAGCGCGCCAACCAGCGCAUGAAGUACCUCGAACAUCAGAUGAAGGACGAAGAAGAGGAGAGCGAGUACGACUAUGGAAACUACGCCCAGGAGGAAGUGAACAGUAUCCUGGAGCACGGCGGCUACUACGGCGGGUACGACCAGCACGGAGGAGGGUUCGGUCAGGACUCGUAUGUGUCGUACGAGGGUCAGGUCAGCCACCCGGGCCGCGUGGCGCGGAGGAGAGGUGUAGCGGCCCGGUCAGGUUCGUACCGCCAGCAGCAGAGACGGGUGAAGUAUGAUGACCCUGCGGAGCGACCCCAGCGGCGGAGACAGCAGCCGUGGCGCCGACAGGCACCGGCCCAGCGGCAGGAGACUGCGGCAGGCGGCGGAGGGGUCUUCAGGGUGGCUCCGCGCCGCCCGGCAGGGUACCCGGCUCAGCGUCCGGCUCCCACCCGUACCGUCCUCCCGGCCGGUCAGCAGCAGCAGCGGCGCCGUCAGACAGUGGGACAGGGAGGAGCGAGACCCGCCCCCAGGCCGAGUCAGCAGCAGGUGCGUCCCAGCCGGCCAGUGCUGACCCACCAGCAGCGACAGAGACAGCCCGGCUACCGACCAGCUCCCGUUCAGGCGCAGAGGACUGCUACCUCCAACGCACAGCGCACGCCAACCUCCGGUCUCCAGGUUAUCCCAGGACCGGCACAGACUGGCACGCCGCGUCAGCCCCAGCCCCAGUCUCGGCCUCAGCCACAGCCGCAGCCUCAGCCUCAAUUCCGGCCGCAGCCACAGCCGUCGACCUCAGCAUCACAGGAGGCCAGGCCGUCCGUCCAGUCAGCAGGCUCGCAGUCGGCGGAGGAGAACAAAGCCGCUGCUACGAGCCAGGCCCAGGAGCGCCACCCGGUCAGCAGUGGGAAGGACGGUGAAAGCUCUGUGGACAUGGUGGAGCUGAUUGCCGGUGUGGACACUUCCCACCCCGACUGCCGCGCGUGGAUCCGCUGCCUGCAGAACGCCCGUCACCCGGACAUCCCACUCGGGGUGCGGCGCGGUCGCGUGGACGUGGACAACUCGGACUGCCGCCAGUUCGCCGCCUCGUGUCCGUCCAAGAAGCCCUGAUCGGUCUUCAAGCCAGCACACCUGAACAGGCGCGACAUCUAUGUACUGUAUGAACAGUCUCCAAGGCGAUCCACCAGCGCCGUUCGCCGCGGCAGGCGAUGGACAAUUGAGUGUAUCAGCUCACGUCCAACUGCUCAGCCUGCCAUCCGUCCCAGAGCCAUCGCUAGCAGUCACCGAAUCACCUGCCCGGCCUAACGGCUGAGAUUGGGGCCGCUAGACGGUGAAUUUAUGACGUCAGUGGUGGAAUGAUGUAAUUGGAUUGGCUCCGUAAUCGGCUAGAAAAUGUCCUUUGGCUCGGUUAUAGAGCAAUCUUGCCAGUGUUAUUGUGAGCUUAUGUGCUUCGUCGCGAUGUGUGUUCUAAAACGGAUGUUGGCGUGUUGUUGGCCGGCUGACUUUGGAUAGGUUUUAUACCUUGGGCAUGCAUUGUACGAGUAGUUAUUUAUUGUAUGUAGUGGGGUCACCCCAGGCGAUUAUCUAAUGGCAUUAUGCUGAGUUAAGGUGUGUAAAAUUAGUAGCAGCUCACAUGAAGAUAAGGUGUGGUGGCGAUGUGAGAAGCGACGUUGUUCGUAUUAGUCGUUGUAAAAUAAACGUAUCUACGUGCUCGA